CCCUCUGCUGCCGAAGAGCGCAACCGUUGGGCUGACGUUGUACGAUUCUCUUGACCGCCCGCAGAGGGCAGCAAGUGUCAAAAUACCCAGUUGCCUGUGCAGUGAGUGUGAUGUGGUGGUGUGCGUCUAAAAUUCGGAUUUAAUUGUCAAUGUUGAGAGGGGCUGUUGUUAGUUACACAGAGCUGCCACUAACACUCAGCAGCUAUGGGCAAGCUGCUUUCCAAGAUCUUUGGCAACAAAGAAAUGCGAAUCCUGAUGCUCGGCCUGGACGCUGCCGGCAAAACCACUAUUUUGUACAAACUUAAGCUGGGUCAGUCUGUGACAACAAUACCCACGGUUGGCUUCAACGUCGAGACAGUCACCUAUAAAAACGUCAAGUUCAAUGUCUGGGAUGUGGGCGGACAAGACAAAAUUCGGCCCCUUUGGCGCCACUACUACACGGGCACGCAAGGACUUAUUUUCGUGGUCGACUGCGCGGACAGAGAUCGCAUCGACGAAGCCAGACAAGAGUUGCACAGGAUCAUCAAUGACAGGGAAAUGAGAGAUGCCAUCAUAUUAAUAUUUGCCAACAAGCAAGAUCUACCAGAUGCCAUGAAACCAUACGAGAUACAAGAGAAGCUUGGCCUGACAAGGAUACGUGACCGAAAUUGGUAUGUGCAGCCGUCGUGUGCCACCACUGGUGAUGGACUCUACGAAGGUCUGACUUGGCUCACUUCGAACCACAAAUUAUGAGAAGGGACCUAAUCCCCACUUGAGUAACGGAGCACUGCAAAGUUGGGUGUUGUCGGCGCUCCUUGGCGUUUGCCAGCGUCUGCCAGCUCUCUUCCGACUUCCCUCGCGUGUCUGAGGAUCACCGGCAACACCCGCAAGUGGGGAUUAUCAGGCUCUCGUGUUUGUUUGAUGAAAAAAGUCUGCAAAUCGAAACGGACUCUGAAAAAGGAGCGAGUUUGUCCAGAACUCUUGUGGUUUACUUGGCGUGCGUGUGAAAUGUCGGAAAAAUUGGCGCGAGUGCAUCAGUGAGAGAUUUUAAGAUUUCAUGUAAUUAUCACAAAAAUAAAUUAGGCAAACGCGUAAAAAGUGUACAGUUUAAUAACUAGCUUUAUAAUGCAAGAUAUAAGCGAAUGUGAGUUUUGUUAGCUUCUUAGUUAACAAGUCCAGCAAAAGAAAAGCUUUAGAAAGCAAACAUUAUUCUAGAUUUUCACAUUCUAAAAAUGAAGAGAAAAAUUAGACAAGCAGCUCCAGUGACAUUGCCAAAACUUAUGAAAAAGGGCUGCGGAACUUCGACACUAAAAUUAAUCAAACUUAUGCAGUCUAACGCUGAUCCCACAUUUUGUUUAGAAAAGUAUACUCAAAUUUAUCUCUAUGAUACUUUUUUGUCCACACCAUCAACUGUAAUUGAAAAAGACAGAUUUUUAUGGAAACGUGGCUUUUUUGUACUGAAAAAGUUUAUUUCUGAAAUUAAAUGCAAAUGCAUCUGUAUUCUAAGUACUUACUUUAUGUUUCCUUUUCCUUUCAGUGAUAUUUCAUUUUUUUAAGAAUUGAAAAAUGGCAUGCACAUAUUCCAGACUUGCAAAAAAUAUUGAUUAAUAAUAUUAUGUCAACAAGGUUGUCUGCAGCCAUGGGUAAAGACAAAGUGGGUAACCCUACUUUAUAAUUCAAUGCAAUGCAAUCCGAUGAAUGAGAAUUAGAAAUAAUUUAAAAUUCAAAGAUUGGUUUUCCGGUUUUAAACAUUCCAUAUUAGUUACGGGUGGAUAGUAAAAACUUUUUGAACAAAAUGUGGCGAUCUGUUAGAUUUGAGUGGCUCACGCUCACAAUUUUGAUUUUAUUGCCAAUUUCUUGUUGAAACUGCACAUCAUGUCAAUAGACUUGCAAAAUUCUCCUCCCUCUUGCCCUAACAGAUCUUCUCCGCCAAGUCCUAACUCGCUCUAUCUCCAAAUGUUUCUAAAUUGUUUAAAAGGUGUCACUUUUACUGUUACAGCCUACAGAACUACUUGUUACUUUCCAUUGCUAAUGAUGUGAUAGCUAAAGUAUUAUUAAUGUGACAGAAAGAGUAAUAGCUUUGACGAUGAAAUUACAUGUGUACGUCGUUGUGUAACUAAUGCUUCACUAAUUAACUAAUUGAUGAUGAACUAUAGUAAAAAAGAAGUUGUGAUUUCCCGAAAGCAAUGAUCGAAGUUGAGAGUAACCAUGAAUCUUUCAUUUAAAUUGAUCACGGCAAUAUGGAAGCAGAGAUUUUGAGCUAAGUGCAAAUUGCGAGCCAAGCAAGCUUACUCAUCAGUGAAUCAUUCACACAUUCAGUCUUUCUGGCUAUCUUUUCACCACAGUUUAACUCUGCGCAGUGGAAGUGUAAUGUCUGCAGUUGAUUUUCUUGGCCUAUUGGAAAAUUAUUGUUUGGUUGGAGAUUGUUGUUGAAAGGUUAAAAAUCCACACACCCCGCAGGGGUUUGCUAUUCCAAUUGACAUAUUUAUAAAAAUAAACAAUAUUUCAUUUUUUAAUGAA